AUGGUGCAAGAUCCUCGCGAGACUCAAUUGGACCUGGCAUCCGCCAACCGCGUGGCCAUCUUCUACGAGAACGGCGGGCCGGAAAAGAUCUCCAUCAAGGAGCUGGAUAAUGUCAAGCAGUCCGACCUGAGCCCGGGCGAAGUGCUGGUCAGAAUCUUGUUCACGGGAGUCUGCCAUUCAGACCUGCAUGCACUGCAAGGUGACUGGCCAGCCCCGACCAAGCUGCCGCUGAUCGGCGGCCACGAGGGCGCUGGAGUCGUCGUAGCCGUCGGCCCUGGGUCGGAAGACUACGUGCAAGUUGGCGACAGGGUAGGCAUCAAGUGGAUUGCCGAUGCCUGUCUCAACUGUGAAUACUGCCGACUGUCGCACGAGAUCAAUUGCCCGCAGUACAAGCCCAGCGGAUAUGCGGUCGACGGAACGUUCCAGCAAUACGUCCGACACACAGCGCGCUACCUGACCAAGAUUCCGGACGACGUCGCGCUCGACCAAGCCGCUUCGAUCCUCUGCGCUGGCGUGACCAUCUAUCGCGCGCUCAAGGAGGCGCAUCUUCAGCCCGGCAACUGGGUCGUCAUCCCCGGUUCGGGCGGCGGAUUGGGUCAUCUAGGCGUGCAGUAUGCUCAGAAUGCUGGCCUUCGGGUCAUCGGUAUUGACACAGGAGAAGAUAAGAAGAAGAUGAGUCUCGAGCUCGGGUGUGAAGUCUUCGUCGACUUCAAAUCGACCUCGGACGUGGCGACCACCAUCAAGAAAGCGACGGGGGGCAUCGGUGCGCACGCCGCCGUUGUAGCCGCCGCCAGUGCCGCCGCCUACGAGCUUGCGCUGGACUACAUCCGUCCGCGCGGAACACUCGUGAUCGUCGGCAUGCCCAACUCGAUCCUGCCGCUGUCGAUCUUCAAGACGGUGCUGUGCACGCACAAGAUCGUCGGUUCGGCGGUGGGCAAUCGUCAAGAUGCACACGAGGCGCUCGAGAUCGCUUCGCGGGGCAAAGUCAAGGUGCACUACACGCUCAAGGGGUUGAGCGACCUGCCCAACGUGUUCGAGGACAUGAUCAAUGGAAGGAUCGCUGGAAGGAUCGUGUUGGAUGUCGACAAGUGA